GUACAUCUUACCUAGUUAUCUGGCCUAGCUGGACACCCUGAAAUCCUAUCACGGAUCUGUCCCUCUUGUCUCCAGCACGCAAGUGCCAGCCAGACCCUCUGGUGCCUACCUGACCCAUCUGGCACCCACCCAGAUCCUACUCCACUCCAGGACUAUGCCAGUCUGUGGCCAUGCUCAGUCACCUCCUAUGCCUCCUGCUGGUGACAGGCACAGGUGGUGCCAUGCCCAGGCCCCGGGCAGUUCCCCAGGGCUGCUACGUUGCCGAGGAAGCUGGUGAGCGGACGUUCCGCUGCAGCCGGGCGGGCCUGAGCGCUGUGCCCACUGGCAUCCCCAACAACACCCGCAAGCUGUACCUGGAUGCCAACCAGCUGGCGUCAGUGCCAGCUGGUGCCUUCCAGCACCUGCCUGUCCUGGAGGAGCUGGAUCUGUCCCAUAAUGCCCUCACCCAUCUCUCGGGGGCCGCUUUCCAGGGCCUCGGGGGCACUUUGCGCCACCUUGAUCUCUCCGCCAACCAGCUGGCCUCGGUGCCUGUGGAGGCCUUCAUGGGGCUGCAGAUUCAAGUGAACCUGUCUGCCAACCCAUGGCACUGCGACUGUGCCCUCCAGGAGGUGCUCAGGCAGGUGAGGCUGGCACCAGGCGCGGGGACAGGCAUUGUGUGUGGCCCUGGAGCUCGCCCAGACCUCGUGGGGCAGGAGUUCCUGCUGCUGGCUGGAGAGGAAGAUCUGUGCGGGGCAGGGAGGGGUGGGGCCCGCAGGGGUACAGACGUGGCCCUGCUGGUCACCAUGGGGGGCUGGCUGACGCUAGUGAUGUCUUAUCUGGUUCACUACGUGUGGCAGAACCGGGAGGAGACCCGGCGCUCCCUCAAGCAGGCGCCUGUGCUGCCGGUGCGCGCCACCCUCAGCGCAGCAGAGGACUCCUCCACCCUGAGCACAGGGGUCUGACGCGGCCCCCACCCUCUCACCCAGAUACUCCUUCCUUUCCUCUGUCCCCUCCCUCUAUCCCCUCUGCAGCCCCAACCCACCCUCACUCCUGUCUCCCCUAAGCACCUGGUCUCUCAACUCAUCUUUGGCACCUGGAUUUUUGGGCGCCUAUCCUGUGCCUAGAUUGCGCUAGACUCAGAAAUAACUAAAGCUCUCAAGUCCACGGUCGGGGGCGGGGAGUUAUGUGACAGAACAGAGACCGACAGCAGGCGGCGCAGCGGCGGGAGUGUCACGGAGGGCGUGCACCCGCCCGAGGGCCAUCCCAAAGGCUUCACUGCAGGGACGUGUGAAGCGACUCUCUGGGCAGAAAAGACGGGAGGGACCCUACAAGAAAGGUCAUGGAUAAGGCAAGGAAGAUGCAAAACAAUUUGCAAUGUCUGGGCAGCGGCAAAACCUACCUCGAGGCUGGUAAGAGGAAGCUGGAAGGCAUGGAAGGACCAAGCUGAAAGUGAGGGAAGAAGGGGUGGGGGGGCGGUAGCUGGGCUUAAAAAUACUUGUAGGCUCCUUUUUCCUUCUUCCUCUGCCUCUGAGAAGCUCCCCCUCACUCCUUACCUCUCACAUCCUCAGGCUUCUAUUCCUGGGCCCUCUACUGAGGACUCUGACUCAGGGUCCCCUGCUUCCUUUCCCAAAGACUCCCCAUCUCUCUACUCUCUCCUUUAUGUCCCAGUGGGUUUCAAGAGCUCUUUCUCUUGGAGAAAAAGUGGUUUCCUUCAUGACUGAGCUGGGAACAGGUGACUGGAGAGCUGGGAGUAGUGAGAAGACCCCAAAACAUCACUGGACAACUCAAUAAAGUCACUUUUGGCUCUGCUCCCGUAGCUCAGCGAGUGGGGCGCUGGACACAUACACUGAAGCUGGACACAUACACCAAAAAAUAGCCAGAUGUUGUGGCAGGCACCUGUAGUCCCAGCUACUCGGGAGGCUGAAGCAAGAGAAUUGCUUAAGCCCAAGAGUUUAAGGUUGCUGUGAGCUGUGAUGCCAUGGCACUCUACUGAGGGUGACAUAGUGAGACUCUGUCUCAAAAAAAAUAAAAAGAAA